CGCCCCCGCCCCACCCCCCGCACCAUGAGCAACCUGAAGCCGGACGGCGAGCACGGCCCCGGCACCGGCACCGGCACGGGCACCGGCACGGGCUCGGGCUCCGGCGGCGCCCUGGAGGAGGAGGUCCGAACACUAUUCGUCAGUGGCCUCCCUGUGGACAUUAAACCCAGAGAACUGUACCUGCUCUUCCGGCCGUUCAAGGGCUAUGAAGGGUCCCUGAUCAAGCUCACAUCGAGACAGCCCGUUGGUUUUGUGAUCUUUGACAGCCGAGCAGGAGCAGAAGCAGCCAAGAAUGCGUUGAACGGUAUUCGCUUUGAUCCUGAGAACCCACAGACCCUGAGGCUAGAGUUUGCCAAAGCCAACACCAAGAUGGCCAAGAACAAGCUGAUGGCUACACCUAAUCCCACCAACGCUCACCCCGCCCUAGGAGCACACUUCAUCGCACGGGACCCCUAUGACCUCAUGGGGGCUGCUCUGAUCCCUGCGUCCCCAGAGGCCUGGGCCCCCUACCCACUGUAUACCACAGAGCUGACCCCCGCCAUCUCACCUGCUGCAUUUACCUACCCAGCUGCCACUGCCGCUGCUGCCGCUGCCCUCCACGCUCAGGUGCGCUGGUACCCUUCCUCUGACACCACCCAGCAAGGAUGGAAAUACCGGCAGUUCUGUUAGUUCUUCAGUCCUGUCCCCGCAGCUCGGAGGCCCUGCCCCGCUGGGGAGGAAGCCGCUCUGAGCCGCCGCUGCCCUCCAAAGACUGUGAAUUUUAAGCCUGACUCAGUGGACUGCUUCCUGUCUGCUUCCUCCUCUUCCUGGGCCCUGUCCCUCCCCGAAGUCCCUGGCCGAGGCCUCCCCGGAGGAAGGGGGCCUUCCCGCUGGGAUGCCCAGCCCCAGCCCAGGUCUCCCCGGGGCCGCGCGGGGCCCCACCUCGGUCCAGACUUGCUUCCCUAGCUCCACCUCAGAGAAACGAGGCAUUUAAUUUUGCAUGUUUUCUGGCAUGAAUUAAGACACUUAAACUUGUGUAUAUGUGAGUGUACAGUUUGUUCUCACAUUGUGUCACCAUAGCAACAGGUCCUGGCCACCAACCGGUUCAUCAUUCCCUGUCCCUCUCUCCACACUCCCACCCCCUACACGUCCCCCUGCUUCCGUGAGGACCGAGCCGGGGAGCUCGCUCCGUCCCACAGCCCGGGCCCCCCGCCACCCCCACGCGCUUCCAGGCCCAACAGCAACGACCACCUGACAGAGGUAGUGUUUUCUUUUUCAUUUCAAAUCCGGGUUCCCCGCUUCCACCUCCUCCUAGAGGGGCCACCGACCGCUAAGAAAAUCCUGUCUCUGCCUGGUUUGCUUACCUCUCCACAGCGCACCCCACCCCUGCCCGUGCUCCUCAUUCUUUCCGAACUUCGAAACCAACCAAAAAGUGAAAGUAUUUUUGUACCCUGUGUAACAAAAUAUUUAUGCAUCAUAAAGGAUUUUUCGUGUGUGUGUGCAAUUAAUUAUUAAAGAGACCUUGUUCGCCUUGUCAGAUAAGUUUAAUGUUUAGUUUGAGGCAUGAAGAAGAAAAGGUUUUCCAUUCUCCAGCAAUGAGCCUUUGUGUCAGGUGUUCGUUUCAGAAAAAUGAAGGAAAAAAAAAUUGUGCAAUUUUUUUGUUGUUGUUUCGUGAGCACAUCAGUGCUUUGCCUUUGGCCGCAGCUGUGGCUGUCUUGACGUUUUCAGACUUGGGAGACGAGGUGGCUGUUGUAAUUGCAGAUCCUGUGAGAAUGUGAAGCUGGAUAAUAUAUGAAAUGCAAAAUAAAAAGUCAUCCAAAGGAA